AUGACUACAUUAUUAUGGACCUGCAUCCUAAGAGCAAAAUAUCUCAGAAACAGAUCUUUUUGGUCCAUCAGUAAACCACAAAAGUGCUCCACAACAUGGGCUGCGAUCUUGGAAAGUAGAUCUCUUCUUAAGAAAGGAUGUAUGUGGCUGAUUGGUAACGGAGAGAGUAUAACCAUCAGGGACGAGCCGUGGAUUCCCUCCAUUCAUGAUCAUACCAUUCCCGGUAUUACAGAGAACUCUGACCACCUCAUUAAAGGUCAGCAACUUAUUAAUCCGGAAACAAAAGAAUGGAACACAAACAUUAUAGAAAAUGCCUUCGAUCAGUUCACUGCUACUCAGAUUAAGAAGAUAUACAUCAACAAGGAAGCAAAGGACAGACUCAUCUGGAAACUGACACCACAUGGAAACUUCACUCCUCAAUCCUUUCAAAAAUUACUCAUGGAACGAGCUGGUGAAUCCUCAGACACCGGACAAAAUACAUUUCCUUGGAAGAAAUUUUGGGCUGUCGGCAGCACAGCUCCAAAAAUCAAAUUAUUUGUGUGGAGAGCAAUACACAGAGGACCUGGGGUUUUGCAAAGGAUAGAGAAGUUUGUGGAAGGUGUUGAUCCGAUAUGCAGACAUUGUAACAAUCAUGAAGAAGACGCAGAUCAUCUUCUUAUUCAUUGUAAUCUGGCUCAAAUGGAUUGGUUUGCCUCACCCAUAGGAUUACGUCUGAAAGAGAACCAGGAUAUAACAUUUUCUCAAUGGCUCACAAGUCAGGACAGUGAAUACACUUUCGCAAUGGGUGCUUCGGUGCAGGAGAUUCUAAGGAUUGCUGGAUACUGGUCCAAUUUAUAUUUCGGGGUUGACGAAACCAUGGAAACUGAAGGCACUUCACAGCCUCAUGAAACUGGCAAUAACUCUGCGCACGUUUGGAUAUCUCCACCAACAAAUUUCUUCAAAAUCAAUGUCGAUGCGGCUGUAAAAAAUGGACACUAUGCCUCUGCAGCUAUUGUAAGAAAUCAUGAAGGUAAAUGCUGUGGGAUCAGUACAAGGCUGGGAGUAUCAAACACUCCAGUAGUGGCAGAAGCUGAUGGAUUUUGCUUGGCUGUUGAACUAGCUAUUUUGCUUGGUCUGGAAUCAGUCAUCAUCGAAGGAGUUACAAUUAGACCAGGUCAUCCGUUCACUCAUCGCUACGACAGAACUAAAGGAAAGCUACAUAUUUCACAGGCAACUAUUCAUGAAAGCGGCAGAAGUUGUAAAACUACUGAAUUAGUCAAGGUCAUAUGUAACGUCGGGCAUAGUAAGGAUCCAAUCUAUUUAUGUUCCCUUUCGGCUAACAAAAAGCACAAGUCGUUUCCUCUCAACUAUGAGUUUGGAGAGGAUGAUGGUGAAGCUGUGUUGUCAGUUCACGGCCUGUACGCUGUGCAUCUUGCAGGUUAUUUUCUUGGCGAUGCUGGUGGCCGUGCCGAAGGUUUGUAA